AUGAGUGGCGGAGAUAACCGGUAUUUUGGGGUUGGUCUUUAUUGUCUUGAGGAUGCAAAAUCUCAGCACAGAAUCGGGGGAAUCAACAUUUAUGACAUUCUGUCAGUUCUGGGAACUCAUGAGGACCCGAAUUACUGCUCUGGCACUAAAGGAUUUGUAAAUUACAAGCCGAAAAUGUGCAUCAAUGCAGAAUCAGGUGUCGUUAAUUUUGAAUGGGACCCUAAAGGCAAGGACUUCAAGGGCUCAGAUUACACUCACAUUACUUGUCUUUGUUCUGACAAAAGCCUUAAACUUUUUAGAAUAGACCCAGAUUUUUCCAGCUAUAAGCUCCUUAGUUCCGUUAAGUCUGAAAGUAUAGAAAAUAACAACCAAAUAAUCGGACUAGACCUGUCUUGUAUUUGCCAUAAUAGUACCAGAAAAACCUGUUAUAGCAUUUCAGAUGGAAGAGUUUUCAUUAUUAGGGAUUCUGAAUUGAUCGAAAACGAGUUCUACGCUCAUCCAAAUACCGAAGUUUGGACUGUAUCCUUUCUUGACCAAGAAGGAAAUCUUCUGGCAACUGGAGCUGAUGAUUGCACCCUAUCUUUAUGGGACCUCAGAGUGAGCUGUAUAGAUAAACCGGUGAUCAAAAACGGGAAAUCUCACUUUAUGGGUGUAACAUGUAUCCAAAAAUCAGAUAGAAACCAUCUAUUUUGGUCUGGAAGUUAUGACGAAACCCUCAGACUUUGGGAUUCAAGGCAAAUGAAUUCUCCAAUCUAUGAGUACAAAGUCCAUGGAGGUAUUUGGAGAAUUAACCAAUUUGAAGACUAUCUUGGAAUGGCACAAUGCUACUAUGGACUUGAAUAUCUGAAAUUAGACCCCAACCUGAAGAUCGAAAAACAAUAUGUUUCACUCCCAAAUGAUUCUGAAAUUGAAUUUUCUCAUAAUUCCAUCGUAUAUGGAAUUGACACAUUCAGAAUGAACAAUACUCUUUUUGGUCUCAGCUGUAGCUUCUAUGAUAAAGCUGGACUUAUAUUCCAAAUCCUAGAAGAUUAA